CAUUCGAUUGCCGUUAAUUUGUCUCAAAUUGUUCUAUUUCAUCCAAAGGAUUACGAAAAGGUGCAAUUCGUUUAAAACUCAAUGCAGGAAUCUUAUGUUAUGGCUCACCAUUUCACCAAAACAUACCGUUGUUUCUAAUUGGGAAGUGCCUCUUUCAGCAACAAAAAAAAAAGAUUAUCUGGUCGGAGACAGUGAAAAUUCAUGGAAGUUUCCUCUUCCAACUCGACAUGCACUCACCCGUUGGGCCUCUAACUACCAAUUCAUAGUCGGUGACACUAUCACAUUUCAGUACAAUAACAAAACAGAAUCGGUACACGAAGUGGAAGAGGAAGACUAUGAUAGAUGUGGAAUAAGAGGAGAGCAUGUAGACCACUACGACGGCAAUACAAUGGUGGUGCUUAAGAAAACAGGAAUACAUCAUUUCAUAAGUGGAAAAAAGCGUCAUUGCAGGUUGGGUUUAAAGCUAGCUGUUGUUGUUAUGGUAGCUCCCGUACUUUCUUCCCCUCCUCCGCCGCCUUCACCACCCACGCCUCGGUCAUCAACUCCAAUUCCUCAUCCUCCGAGACGUUCACUGCCUUCACCUCCUUCACCGUCACCAUCACCUUCACCAUCACCAUCACCAUCACCAUCACCUCGGUCAACUCCAAUUCCUCAUCCUCGGAAACGUUCACCAGCUUCACCAUCACCAUCACCAUCACUGUCAAAGUCGCCUUCACCCUCCGAGUCACCAUCACUGGCACCGUCACCUUCAGAUUCAGUAGCUUCAUUGGCACCGUCAUCUUCACCUUCAGACGAGUCACCUUCACCGGCACCGUCCCCAAGUUCAUCUGGUAGUAAAGGUGGUGGUGCUGGCCAUGGAUUCUUGGAAGUUUCAAUCGCUAUGAUGAUGUUCUUAAUUUUCUAGAUUAUGUUUACGUAUUUGCAUUGAUGUCUUUUGAAUUAAGCUUUGUGACUACAUGCAUAAAUAUUAUGCAAUAUUGUGUGUGGGGUCAAAGUCAAGCACAUUUUCAUUUUGCUUUCAUGUUUCCUUAAUUUUCAUUUUCAUGUAGUAGUUUCUUGUGUGGUUGAUUAGAAUGAUUAAUUUCGCCCUUGAACUACAACGGUUGGUCUUACUUUUCCUUAAUUUUCAUUUUCGUGGGGUUUGUGAGUUAUUCAUUUCUGAA